UCUGUCUCACAUUGCUACCCAUUUUGUUGCCUUCCACUCCCCUCCACUCUCUCUCUCUGUCUCUGUCUCUCUCUGCAUUUUCUAGGGUUUCACAUCCCGCCGAGGCCAAACAUUGCCUUUCAGUCUACAUCUUCCUCUACGUGUACUUGUAGUUGCAUCCAAUCAAUCACCGAAGCGGCAAGUUUACGCAAUUCAGUCACGGCCGGAUUCACACCCAAAAUUCGUCCGAUAUAAGUUUCAUCUUCACGCUACGUGUUUCCGGACUGCUCAGCUGUUGAGAGAUCUUUGUCUCUUGAGAUACUGCGUGUUUUAAUGCUCAAGGGGUUUUAUAGGGAUUUUGAGAAGGUUAGAGAUGAGUGCAGAGCUGUUGGAUAUUCAACCUAGAGAAAUCAAGUUCGUAUUUGAAUUGAAGAAGCAGAGUUCUUGCACCAUUCAACUAGUCAAUAAGUCCAACAACCAUGUUGCUUUCAAGGUUAAAACUACAUCUCCAAAGAAAUAUUGUGUGCGACCAAAUACAGGAAUUGUUAAGCCAAACUCAAAUUGUGAUUUCACUGUUACGAUGCAAGCACAAAGGUUACCUCCUCCUGACAUGAUAUGCAGAGACAAGUUCUUAAUCCAGAGCACAGUUGUUCCUGCAGGGACAGCAGAUGAGGACAUUACAUCUAGCAUGUUUUCCAGAGAUGAUGGCAGAUAUAUUGAUGAGAACAAGCUGAGAGUGGUCCUUGUCAGCCCCCCCAAUUCUCCAGUAUUAUCACCAAUCGGUAGAUCGUUUAUACAGGUGCCAGAUGGUGAAGCUUCAAUACUGACUGAGCAAGUGAUGAGGAAAGUUGAAAGCAUUAGGCCACACCAAGCUAUUCCUGAAGAUAUAGAAGAGGCCACAAUGGAAAAUGAUCAUGAGGUAAAACCAGCAAAGGUUGUUGAGUAUAAACCAAUGGAAGCCGUGGAGGAGCAAGUAAAGGAUGUGGAAUACAGAACAACGAAAGAUGCAGAGGAGCAAGAAAAGAGUUUGGAGUAUGGAAUACCAAAAGAUGUGGAGCAGCCAGCAAAGGAUGACCCAGCACCGAAUGUGGAGUAUAAAACACUGAAAGAAGUGUAUGACCCACUGAAUGAUGUAGAGGAUAAAACAGUGAAGGAUGUGGUGGAUCCAACAAAGGGUAUGGAACAUAAAAGCGAAAAUGACUUGGAAGAGCAGAAGUUGGUCAAAGAUAUUGAGGAGAUGAAGUCAAAGCUAAACAAACUUGAAUUAAAGCUAAGUGAGGCUGAAGUUACCAUUUCAAAGCUAGCAGAGGAGAGGAGAUGGACUGCCCAAGAAAGGGAAACUUUACACGAGGAAUUGGUUAUGUUGAGAAACAAAAGAGAUGUAAGAAAAGCUCAAGUGGGAUUUCCUUUCCUAUUUGUUUGUACUGUGGCGCUUAUCAGUGUGGUACUUGGAUACCUUGUACGUGGCUGAAAGAGAGUCCUCGUCAUAGAUAUGAUAUGGCUGUAGCCUAGGAACUUUUGGUAUGAUAGUAGUAGCCCUCUUAUACCAAUAUAUAUGAGCAAAGAACUUAGAAGACUGAAGGUCAACUUUGUGGAUAUGACCAAAUUUGAAGAUAUAGUUUUGGGUAUAUGGCAAUCAAUAAUGUGACCGCUCAAUUAAACAAUAAGAUUGUUUGGUUCACAGGUGUAAAAGUUUUUGAGUAUAGGUCAAUAAGAAACGUGCACCUGAAGGUUCUGAUGGUUUUGUUAAUUGGUAUGGUAAGUCUUAUCGCCAGUGGUUAUGGUGGUGGAAGUUUAAUAGAUUAUUAUGAAGUUCUCCA